AUGGCUAGUCCUUCGGUUCAUACCUUCGAUGCUGAGGGUCGUGCGAUAGACUUUGAGGUCUGGCUUGACGACUUGCAGCUGUUCCUGCAGUGUGAUAGCAAAGACGAUGUCUCGCUGUACGACCUCACGUCUGGUGCCUCCCCCCCCCCUGCUGCUGAUGCUGAUGCUACUGUUCGUUCGUGCUGGAACACCCGCGAUGCUGCGGCCCGCCUUGCUGUGCGUAGUCACCUGCCGUCUGCUGAGCGUGCGCACUUUACUCAGUUUAAGACCGCUAAGACCCUGUUCGAUGCUGUCGUUGCGCGCUACUCCUCCCCUGCCUCUGCUGCCCUUAGUCGCCUCAUGCUGCCGUACCUUUUCCCUGACCUCGCCGCCUUUGCUACAGUCGCUGACCUCAUUACACACCUCCGCACUAGUGACACCCGCUACCGCGCUGCGCUUCCUGCUGAGUUCUGCGCCAAGAACCCCCCCCCCAUGUACAUCACCCUCUACUACCUAGUCACCCGGCUCCCUGACUCCCUUAGUUCGGUCAGGGAUCACUUCAUCUCCCUCUGCCCCACCACACUCACCGUUGACCUCCUCGAGGAGCGCCUCCUUGCAGCUGAGAAGAGUAUAGUCGCUGUAGGAGCCUCUCGUGGUGACCCUCGUGCCCCUUUCUUUGAGGGGUGCUCCCCCGUUCCCCUCUUACCCUCUGUUGCCUCUGCUUCCGCUGUCGACCUCGUUGGCACCGAGUCGGUCGGCGCUGCUUCUGCCUCUGGUGGGAGGCGCCGCAGCAGCAAGGGCAAGGGGGGCAAGGGUGCUGGAGGAGCUGGCGGGGGUGGUGGUGGUGGCGGAGGCGGCGGGGGGAGUGCGGGUGGAGGUGGGAGUGGGGGCGGAGGGGGGGGCUCUGGUGGCAGCAGUGGAGGCAGAGGCAGCGGCGGCGGCGGUGCCAGCGGCGGCAGUGGGAGUGGAGGAGGUGGCGGUGGCGGCGGUGGCAGCGGCGGCGGUGGCGGCGGUGGCGGCAGUGGUGCUAGUCGGGGUGGCUCCGUGCAGCGGGGAGCCUUCGGUGGUGGCCAGCGUCAGCAGCAGCCGCGCGCUCGUAAGGCCCCGCCACCCCAGCAGCUUCACCAGUGGUACGCUGGGCGUCAGCGGCCUGGGGGUGCUGGUCCCUGUACCUACGUCCUACGCACUGGUGACCGCACUGGUGAGCCGUGUGGCGGCCCGCACACCACCCAGCGCUGCUUCGGCCGCCUGACAGACGCCUGGCGUAUCCGGUUCCCUGACGCCACUGAGCUCCCUCGCUGGCAUGAUCUGCUUAGGUCGGGGGUUCCUAUCUUUGAUCUUGACUAUGAUGCUAUCCUUGCUGCCAUGUAUGUUAUGUCUACUAGUGAUGACGGUGACUGUUACCUGAGUGUUUCGCCCAACCUGUGCGGGGUGGCUGCUUCUCUAGGUGCCAGUGAGUCUGCUGCUCCAGGUGCUAGUGAGUCUGCUGCUCCAGGUGCUAGUGAGUCUGCUCUCUCAGGUACCACGUCUGCUCAGGCGUUGCACACUUUCACCCUUGACUUGGGUGCUUCCCGCUCCUUCUUUCGAGACCGCACCACCCUCACGCCGCUCAGUCGGCCGGUUGCGGUCUCCCUGGCAGACCCCUCUGGGGGCCCUGUCCUUGCCCACUACUCCACUGUCCUACCGUGUCCAGCGGUCCCGUCUGGCUCCCUGUCCGGUCUUUACCUCCCCUCGUUCUCUACGAACCUGGUGGCGGGUGCUGACCUACAGGAUGGGGGGGUUGACCAGUUCACUCCUGCGCGUCAGCGGGUGACCCACUGCACGUGUGCUGACACGGGCCGACACUUGGCCACGUUUACCCGUCGGCCGGGGUCGAGCCUGUACACACUGACUACCGAGUCUCCUUCACUUGCUGUCCCUGGUCAGGUAGCCGCGUCGGGUCAGGUGUUUGCUGCGGCGUCUCGGUCUGGUCCUGCGUCAGCCCCCUGCUCGUGUCGCCUCCUGUCCCACGAGACUCUUCUCUGGCACCACCGCCUUGGUCACCCCUCCCUACCUCGUCUCCGAGGCAUGGCCUCCCGUGUCCUUGUCUCUGGUCUCCCCCGGUCUCUCCCUCCCCUUCCUCCGGGGCCUGCCCCUACCUGCGUUCCCUGCGUCGAGGGGCGGCAGCGCGCCGCUCCCCACUCCUCCGAGUUUCCUCCGACAGAGGCUCCGCUGCAGACUCUUCACAUGGACGUGUGGGGCCCAGCCCGCGUCCGUGGACAGGGUCACGAGCGUUACUUCCUGCUGGUGGUUGACGACUACUCGCGUUACACCACAGUCUUCCCCUUGCGCCGCAAGGGUGAUGUUGCUGAGGUGUUGAUCGAUUGGAUCUGCGCUGCUCGUCUCCAGCUUCGAGAGAGUUUCGGCUCGGACUUUCGUGUCCUGCGCCUGCACUCCGACAGAGGUGGAGAGUUUUCCUCCGACCUUCUGCGAGCCUUCUGUCGUGCGAGGGGCAUCCGCCAGACGUUCACACUGCCGGCCUCUCCACAGAAAAAUGGGAUUGCUGAGCGCCGCAUUGGCAUGGUCAUGGACGUCGCUCGUACGUCCAUGAUCCAUGCGGCUGCUCCCCAUUUCCUGUGGCCGUUUGCGGUUCAGUACGCGGCGCAUCAGAUCAACCUUCAGCCCCGGGUCUCCAUGCCGGAGACCUCCCCCACUCUGCGGUGGACGGGGAAGGUUGGCGAUGCGUCUGCGUUCCGUGUCUGGGGAUCUCGGGCUUUUGUCCGAGACUUGUCUGCGGACAAGAUGUCCUCCCGUGCUGUUCCCUGCGUCUUCCUUGGCUUCACCUCUGACGCGCCUGGUUGGCAGUUUUACCACCCCACCUCGCGCCGUGUUCUGUCCUCCCAGGACGUCACGUUUGACGAGUCGGUUCCGUACUACCGUCUCUUCCCCUACCGCGCUGCCCCCCUGCCGCCCCCGCCGCUUUUCCUUGCGCCAGGUCCCCCCCCGGUAGACCCCCUCCCCCCUCAGGGUCCUGCUCCUUCAGGUGUGUCUCAGGUAGACCCCCCCCCCUUGGCUGCGCCUCUGGAGGUCACUUUAGACACCUCUGGCCCACCCGAGGGGGGUGACGCUGCUGCUGACGCCCCAACGGCCUCCCCCCGCGCUCCCCGCUUGGAGACCCCUCCGGAGUUCCCUCCACGACCUUCAUCACCGCCUCUGCCACCGGUUCCUGUUGACUCUGGUGCUGUUGUGGGAGGUGCUCCUUGGGGUGCGGAGUCUGGGGGUGCUGAGACUGGGGGUGCUGAGCCUGCGUGUGCGGAGUCUGGGGGUGCUGAGACUGGGGGUGCUGAGCCUGUGUGUGCGGAGUCUGGGGGUGCUGGGCCUGCAUGUGAGGAGACUAGAGGCCUUGCGCCUGGGGGUGCUGAGCCUGUGUGUGCGGAGUCUGGGGGUGCUGAGUCUGGAGGUGAGACGCUUGAGGGUACUGGGACUGCUUCUGCGCUGUCUCCUUGGCGUGGCCGCCUUCGUUCACGUGUGCCUCUCACUCCACAGCAGCUGCACGACUGGUACGGUCGCCGUCAGGUUCGCGCUGCUGGAGCUCGGGGCUCUGCUUCUGGGGGUACUUCUACUGCUGUUACUGGAGACCCUGGGGCUAGCGGUCCUGGUUCUGGGGGUGCUGCUACUGGAGACUCUGCGGGCGACCCUGAGGCUGAUGGUGCCGGUUCUGGGAGUGCUGCUGCUGGUGACGCUGGUACUGGCGGUGCUGGCGCUGGAGGUACCGGUUCUGAGGCUGGAGCCUCUGGCGCUGUUGGAGGUUCUGGCGUUGCUGGAGGCCCUGGAGCUGCUGGAGGUGCUCGCGGUGCUGGAGCUGCCGGUGCUGCUGCGCCGCCUCGCCUGUUCUUCGCUCCGCCGUCUCCGUCGUCUCUGCCGCCGCCUGACUCUGUUCUUCGUCAGGUUCUUACUCUCCCGUCGUCCUCUGGUGUUCUGUUACCGCCUGGCUCGCUGCUGCCUGCUCCUUCGCCCUACACUGUGCAGACUGGUAGUCUUGCUGAGCCUCGUGAGCCUGCGUCGCGUCCUGUCUCGCCUGUUCGUUCUGGUCGUCCCGGUCGUCGUGGUUCUCGUCCGCGUCCGCCGUCUGUCCCUAGCACACACCUUGUUGUCCGUCGCCCUCCCUCUGCUCUGCGGCCUGCUCCUCUGCCGUCCCCUCCUGCGUUCUCGCUGCCUGCCGUUCUGGACCCUGCGUCUGACCGGUUUCGUGUAGAGCACCCUACGGUCACACGUCUGCUAGCCACUGUUGUCACUGACCCGUCGUUUGAGUCUGCUGCUGCGUCUGCCCUAGUUGCUGAGCUUGUUGACUUUGCUGCUGCCUGUCGUCUUGACUACGCUGCCAGUCUAGUUGCUGAGUCUGACUCUGUCUGUCCUCCGUCCGUCGGGGGUGAGUGUGCUCUUGGCACGGACGUCCUUGAGGACAGGCAUGAGGACCUUGAGUGUCUUGCAGCCGCUGCGCCUCAUCUCGUGACCAUGCUGCUUGCCCCUGAGGGAGACCCGGAUGCACUAGACAUCCCUACCCCGCGCUCUUACGCUGAGGCGAUCGCGGGCCCCUACUCCUCUCAGUGGCAGGCAGCCAUGGACGCAGAGAUGGCAUCCUGGAAGUCCACAGGCACCUACGUCGACGACGUUCCCCCUCCUGGGGCGAACAUCGUCAGUGGCAUGUGGAUUUUCAGGGUGAAGCGGCCGCCGGGUUCUCCGCCUGUCUUCAAGGCUUGUUACGUUGCUCGAGGCUUCAGUCAGCGAGAGAGAGUUGACUUCUUCCAAACCUUCUCCCCCACCCCGAAGAUGACCACUCUUCGGGUACUGCUGCACGUUGCCGCUCAGCGUGACUACGAGCUUCACUCACUUGACUUCAGCACAGCUUUCUUGCAGGGCAGCCUGCACGAGGAGAUCUGGCUGCGCCGCCCUCCUGGCUUCACUAGGUCGUUCCCUCCUGGUACCCAGUGA